UGACGUGUGGUUUCACAAGCACUGCACUUUGUGUACAUAAUAUCUACAUAAGAAGGGCUCCGUUCCCGGUGUCCGUGCUUUCGGCAUGUCUAUUCGCUGCUAUCCGCAAGUCAUGGACACUGAUCCACCAAACUCGUUCGUUCCCCCCGAACUACCUGCUGCUUUUCAAGAGUUCUCAACGUCAUCGCACAAAAAGGAGGACAAGCCAUCAGACCUCGAGUCAAGUGAUGACGACAGGUGUCCAUUAGAUCUGCAGAAAAGCAGCCUUAAAGACCGUCGAAGAGCCAAGUCCUUACCUGUAUCGGCAGAACAAGCGUGCCUUUUCGAGAACUGCGCAAAGAGGGUACAGUUUGCAGACACGUUUGGACUCGACUUGGCGAAUGUGAAGCACUUCAAUGUCACCGAGGAUCCACACGUCCCACCCAAAGUCUUCAGUAGAUUGAAGAGCUAUCCUCAUGAGGAGAAAGAUGGCAGAGUCGUCGACCUGUGCGACACAUUUUCAUCUUCUUUAAAACUGUACCGUUUGAAUCCAACUUUCACAAUGCCUGUUGAUUCAGAGGACUUCGACAUGCGCCUCCAGCAAUUUGGGGUUGCUUUAGAGAGAGUGUCCAUCACCCAUUUUGACGUUAAUGGUGUAAUUCGAGCGAUGAAUAUUGAUUCAGCAAGGAAAGAAGUCGGGGUGAGGUAUACAUUCAAUGAUUGGAUGACAUUUGUGGACACAAAAGCGGUGCUCGAGUCUAGCAAAACAGAACAAGAACUUUGGAAUCAAUUUGUGUUUACUCUCUACAUACCUCCGUAUAUGAACCCAGCAUGCUCUGUGCAGUUUGCUGUGUACUAUCUCACCGAUCAAGGAGACCUCUGGGACAAUAAUGCAGGCCAGAAUUACACCCUCAGAUGGGAUAAUACAUAGGAUUUCAGCAGCAGGAUGCUAAAAAUGCUGUUAUUUCAUAUUUCUAUAUAACAGGGCAUUAAUUGACCAUUAUCAUUGUUAGCACUAAACUUUAAACAUUUAUAAUUUCCAAGAGGCAAUACAUGAUGCCUUAAAACGUACUUUUACCUUAUGUCUAUGUUUAGACCUGAAACAGAUUAAUGCAUGAACCUAGAGGAGGGG